UCUUCAUAGGCUAAGGAAAGCCCCCACAGUCUGGACAGGCCCAACAGGUCAGUCUUCUUUUCAAGAGGCGAUGUCAUGCACUGACAGCCCCUCAGAGGGCGCUGUGGGGCAGCAGCUGGAGCUGCGGAACGAGGGCCACGCCAAUGGGUUCUUUGCUGUGGCUCAGCAGCUGAGAGAACAGCGCCAUCUCGUGGACGUGGUUGUCACCCUGGGCCUGAGGGACUACGAAGCCCACAGCGCUAUCCUUGCUGCAGUGAGCUCGGUCUUCCGGCAACGCUUGGAAUGUGGGGAGCACGGCGCGGUGGAGCUGGAUGGCGUGACCACACCAUGCGGCUGGGAUGCCAUCUUGAAUUUUGCCUACACUGGGGAGCUGGAGGCCACACCGGAGAAGGCUGGGGAGAUCUUAGAUGCCGCGGAGGCCCUGGGCAUCCCUCGCGUGGCCGAGAUUUGCAAGGCGGUGUUGGUUGGGAUGGAGGCAGAGGACAGGCUGAGUCCAGCGGAUGAGAAAUGGGAAACACUGCGGGGCCUGGAGGAGCUUUAUGAGAAAGGUGUCGGCUGGGACCUGGAGCUUAAAGCUGAGGAAGAUAUCUAUCGAGUUCACCGACUAGCCUUGGCUUGCGGCUGCGAGUUCUUCCACGGCAUGUUCACCAGCGGCAUGAAGGAAUCCCGCCAGGCGGAUGCCCCUCUCUGCACCCGCUUCACCUCAACUGAUCUGGGCCUGGUCAUCUCCUUUGUGUACUCGGGAACGCUGGCAGGCGGGUGGGACAACCUCUUUGAUGCUGCCCAGGCUGCCCUCCAGUAUCAGGUCUCCGGCAUCUUGGAACUCUGCCUGGAUUUCUUCCACCACAAGCUGACUCCCGAAUCCAGCUUGGAUGUCCUCUCUUUCGCACGUGCCUAUGGCCUUCAUGAUCUGGAAAGCGCCGCAGAGAACUUUGUGCUGAGGAACUUUGCUCACGUCAUGGGGACACCCAAGUUCCUGGACCUUCCGGCCAGCCAGCUUGUGCACUUCCUCAGCUCCGAUGCCCUCUAUAUCCUCAAUGAAUUGGAGGCCUUCCAAGGAGCCAUCCGAUGGCUGGAAGCUGACCGGGAUGGACGGAUGGACCUGGCCGAGCAAGUCUUGCGUUGCAUCAGGUUCCCUCUGAUGUCCACCCGGGAGCUCAAACAGGUUCGCGCGGUAAAAAUGAUGGCCUCCCCAGGCCGGCUCUAUAGCCUCAUGGUCGAGUCCUUAGCUAGCAUCCCGCCAGGCCCUUCUAAGCUGGAGCAACUCCCUUGCCGGGUGAGGUACCCAGAGAAGGUGAUUGCCAUCAGCGGAGGAGAUACGCUGGCAAAGAAUAUGGCCACUCGCAGCCCUAGCCGGGACUUCUGGUUCACCCACCGGUUCAUUAGCAGCAUCGGAUUGGUCAAGCAGGUUGAGUGGCGCCGUCUUGGGGAGCUCCCAGAGGGGGCACGCUUCCGGCAUGCUGUGGCGGUCAAGGACAACGCGAUGUACAUCUUUGGGGGAAAGGACUACUAUGGGACCAGGGACACCAUGUGCUCAGUGUUCAAGUUUGACCCUCUCUGUGGGAGUUGGGAGCGGUUGGCCGACAUGACAAGUCACCGGAGCUAUUUCCAGGUGCUGCACCAGGACGGCUUUUUCUAUGCCCUGGGGGGCAGCUCCAACGACGCCUACUGCCUGGACACAGUGGAGUGCUAUGACCCCCAGACCAAUGCCUGGAGGCCGUGUGAACCUCUGCCCGCUCCGCUCUGUGGCCACGCAGCCUGCAUCCUGGAUGGAGUAAUCUAUGUCUCUGGGGGCAGUGACGGCUCGUGCCGCUGCCAGUCCUCCCUGAUCCAGUACCGCCCGGGCGCAGCGCCCAUCCCGCUGGCCACGAUGCGAGAGGAGCGCGCAGGCCACAACAUGGAAGCCAUGGGUGGGCGCCUCUACGUGGCGGGAGGCCUGCGAUGGCGGGAUGGCCACGGGGGCUACGCCGACCAGCUGGCCUGCGAAGUGUACAGCCCGGGCCUGGACGUGUGGGCCGCCCUUGCCCCUCUGCCGCAGGCCCACGUAAUCGCCGCCUCCGCCGUCUUGGACGGAGAGCUCUACAUCAUGGGAGGCUACAGCCACAACACCUAUCGCGAUACCCACAUGAUCCACUGCUAUAACCCAACCCAUGACCGCUGGGUCAGCGUCGGGACGUUGCCUCAGGCUUACGCCGACCUCAGGGCCUGCAUCUUAGAAGUUCCUCCUUCUCUGAGGAGGAAACAGCCCUCGCCCUUAGAUACAGCUAGUGUGGAGAUCCCUGCUGAUUCUUCGACAGAGUUCCCGUAUCAGUACUCCUGAGAUGCCUCCCCAGUUUUUAGCACAGCUUUAAUAGGAGCAGAAACUCUAGGAAUAGUUCACACUUGCAUGCGUGAUUUCUCUGUGCUUGUGCAGCAGGGGCACGGGAAGCUGGCAGCCCU